AUGACGACGGUUGGUACAUGCGAUCUUUCAUCACAUGGAUAUACUGUCCAGCAAUGGAUUGGGCACUGCUUUGAUGGAGCAGGUGAUAUCUUCCUUGGUAGAUGCAAUGAUUCAGCAAGAGUUGCCAUAAAAAGAAUACCACUUGAUGCGCUCGAUAUUACUUACGAUCCAUCAAGAGCAGAGAGCUCCGGAGAUAAUACACGCACAUUGGUGCACGCUAAAGCACCAGACAAGGGACAACUACUCAGGGAAGACAUUCGUCUGAUGAGAUUAUUACGCCACCCACAUAUAGUUGAUUUCCACGCAUGCUUUGUGGACGGACUGUCGAUAUAUCUGGUGCUUGGCAGUUGCAACUACGGCUCUGCGUCUGAUGUGAUUCUAUCUUCAUAUCAGUGUGGUAUACCUGAGAAGGCGAUCGCAUUGAUUCUUCGUCAACUUCUUUCUGCCCUUGUCUAUCUACAUGCUCAACAAAUAAUCCAUAGAUCAAUUCGCGCUAGCCAUAUACUGCUGGAUUCGGCUGGCGGUGUUCGUCUGACAGGAUUCCGACUGGCGCGAAAGCUGCGACCUGGUGAAACGACUACCACCGACUUCGACAACCAUGUCGAGGCGUCACUGCUAUGGCUCGCUCCAGAGGUCCUUGGCCAGGACCUCAGCGGGUACUCAACUAGAGCUGAUAUCUACAGUGUUGGCACCACACUCUGUGAAAUGGCCAAUGGCUUCCCUCCAUUCGGUGAUAUGAAUCGAUUAGAAAUGUUGUAUGAGAAGUCAAGAGGAACUACACCUCGCCUUCUGGAUUCUACCACACUACCUCCUUACGAGGAACGUUCUGAGCACAGCACCCGCACAUUUUCGGAGGCAUUCCAUAGUAUCACUGGAUUGUGCUUGAAAGUCGAUCCUGCUAACAGGUGCGUUCACAUUUUUCAGCCAGAUCGUGUUAAAGCUACAUAA